AACGACGCUCAUUAAGGAAGUCAGCAUUUUCCAGUGUCGUUGUUCUCAAUUCCUGCCGCUUCAUCACUGGUGCAACCAUGAGGAAAUCUCGAAUUGACGACUCCACCAGGAAGUCUCACAGGCAGAGCAGGAUCGCUGUGGCGGUCGGGAAGAAGAGCGUGAGCAAUGUGGGACUCCGCCCCUCCGCAGAUCGACGCUCCAUGUCCGUGGACAAGGCGCAAUCGCUGAAGAAGUCCCUGGCGGUGCCGUACAGCUACAGAUCGUCCAGCAACACGCCCAUGAGGACGCCCUCGAGGACGCCGAUGGCCUUCGCGCGCAGCACGGAGAAGAAGGUUCCGUUGCACGACCAGAAGUGGCUGGACGAGGGCGUGAACCGGAUUUUCAACUAUAUCGGCAGAAUCGAGGGCUUGGAGAUGAACUUGGUGGCAUCGCGGAACAUCAGGCAAAUGACUAUCAGGGAUUUCGUGCGCAUCUUCUGGCACCUGGCAAAGUUCUGGGUGCCCAAAGUGAGCAUGAACAGUGAUUAUGUGGAUGAGAUUCACGAGAUGCUCACGAGGAUUCGCUAUCCCUAUCCCUUCACCAAGUCCUGGCUGAAGACGCCCAAUGCGCCACACGUGCUGAACCAGGUCAUCGUGAUGUUCUGCUGGUUGCUGGACGGCGUGCCGGACGAGAGCGUCGUGUCGGAGGAGGACUUCGGCAGCAGCGGGGAUUUUCCCACCACGGCAUUCAUGCAGUUCUUCAAGGAGAACGUGAACGAGGCUUACCAGAUGUGGAACAACGGCCAGGAUCAGGAAGUGAAUGAGGUGAAGCAACAGCUCACCAAUGAGUUCAUCAGCGAGGGCGUGAAUCUCUCCGACGAACAGACGCUCAAUCAGGAGCUGGAGAGUCUCGACACGCAGAUCGAGAAGCUGUCGAAGGACGUGGCGUCUCUGGAGGCGAAGCAGCAGGUGACGAGGAAGUUGCGCGCGCAAGUGGAGGACCGUAAGAGCGAGCUUUUGGCUAUUGAGGACGCCAUUGAGCUGAAGACGCAGGGCGUUGAGAUGCAAAGUGAAGAGAGCGCGAGUCUGGAGGAACGCGUGGAGGAGCUCCAGGCAAAACGGGACUUUGUGGAGAAGGAUUGGAAGCAGCAGAAGCAUGAGAGUCGAGAGGCGAAGCACAUGCAGCUGCUGAACACGAUCCACAACGAGAAGAUCUGCCUACAGUCUUCCACGGAAUAUUGCGACAAGUUGAAGGCCAAGGAAUUCGAGGCUCAAGUGCACAACUCGCGUCUGCUGAAGAAGAUCGGCGACACAACAAUUGACAUCAAUCUGAGAGUUCAGAGUGUCCUGGAGAGGAAUUCCGAGGAGGUGCGAGGUCAGAAUCUGGCCAAUGUGAGUCUGCAGCCGAAGCAGUUUGAUCCGCGCACAAUGGAGAACACAAAGCGCAUCUUCAGCAAGAUCCGGACGGUGCUGGAGAGGAAGAUCGUGGAGAAGCAGCAGUCGCAGGAGCGCCUGAAGAGCGACAUCGAGUACCGCAUUGGCAGGGACAUCGAGCGCUCGGAGAAGACUCUGGAGAGACUCACGAAGUCCGUCGGCGAUCAAAGAAACAAGAUCAGCUCCGUCACGUCGACAUUCCAGCACAACGAGGCCGUGGAGCGGGGAAAAGUCGCGACGGCGCAGACUCGCGAGCAGAAGCUGCACGAGCAGAUCUCGAAGACCGAAGCGGAGAUCGCGCAGGAGUCGCAGAAGCAGCAGCAGAUCCUGCAGGACUUCAGCGACAACGCGGAUCACCUGCAGGAUGAGGAGGAGAAGCAAUUGGAGGAAGUGGAAGCCGACGUUGUGUUCCUCUACAAUGAGCUGAAGCGCCUUGGAAUCGACGCUCCGCCACCAUAA